AUGGUUGGAGCGAUUGAAGACGGGGUCAGUGCUUCUCGUGUUUGUUCUUCUGUGGCCAAAUCGCUGCCUAAAGCACCUUUACACCCGAGGAAAUGGCCUGCGAAGCCGUGGGAGCGUGCAAACAUUGAUUUCUUCGAGAAGGACGAGCUGAAUUUUCUUGCUGUUGUUGACGUUACUCCACAUGGGAAUAGCUGUUAUGAAGUAAGCGUUAUGCCACCACAGAUUUCUCUGAAGGGUGGAGGACCUUGCUGGUUCACUUUUAAACCUGACCUACCCUCAGACAUUACUUCUGGAACUGCUAAGUUUGCUAAUCUAGGCUUUGUUGAUUUGGAUGGAGUUAAACACAAGAAAAACUGUCUUGCUGGAGUAGGAAUUCCUCCUGCUGAGCAGGAAGGUCUGAUCACUGUAGAAGUGCGUGGAAAAAGUGACAAGACUGGCAAAUCAAGUGAUCUUGGCCAGACAAAAUUUUACUAUUUUGAUGAAUGCAAAAAGGCUCUCAAGCAAUUAGUCCAAUUUAAAGAGCUGUAUGACUCCUAUUUCGAAGCAUGGAAUGCUGCUUGUAAAGGGCACCCCACUGAUGGCAGCGAAAAAGAGACGAAGUCCUCUGGUUCAGGUAAAGGGCACCCCACUGAUGGCAGCGAAAAAGAGACGAAGUCCUCUGGUUCAGGUAAAGGGCACCCCACUGAUGGCAGCGAAAAAGAGACGAAGUCCUCUGGUUCAGGGAGCAUGAAUUCAGGGAAUCCUUUACAUUCACUUCAAGGCUUGCUGUUGUUGAUGUAUACAGCAGCAGAAACUGAUGCUAGGCAGUUCAUUGAGUUAGUCCUCAACUCGUCGGCUGGCAAAGUGGUCUUCAACGCCUACAGGUCUACCUCUCCAUUACCAGAGGAUGUUGCGAGAGCAUUUGGCCACGAAGAUACUGCGCAGUACCUUGAGUCCAUAAGUAAAAGAUUGUCUCAAGAUUUCAGCGCCAAUGAAGAACACUUAGAAGCAAGUCAUGUUUUAGAGCUUGCUGAUGCAGUCAAAAAUCAAUCAACGUUUUACAAUAACCUGGGUCUUGUACACAGUCAGCUGGGUGACCUUAAUCAGGCAAAAUAUUAUCACAAUCGUGCACUGGCUAUUGGGCUGAAAGAGCUCGGACCUGACCAUGUUGAUGUCGCAACGUCUUACAGUUAUCUGGGUCUUGUACACCGUGAGCUGGGAGACCUUAAUCAGGCAAAAGAUUAUCACAAUCGUGCACUGGCUAUUAUGCUGGAAACGUUCGGACCUGGCCAUGUUAAAAUUGCAGCGUGUUACAAUGAUCUGGGUCUUGUACAUCGUCAUCUGGGAGACCUUGAGCAAGCAAAAGCUUACCACGAUCGUGCACUGCCUAUUAUGCUGAAAGAGCUCGGACCUGACCAUGUUGAUGUCGCAGCGUGUUUUAAUGAUCUGGGUCUUGUACUCCGUCAGCUGGGAAACCUUAAUCUGGCAAAAGAUUAUCACAAUCGUGCACUGGAUAUUAUGCUGAAAGAGCUCGGACCUAAACAUGUUAAUGUUGCAGCGUGUUACAAUGAUCUGGGUCUUGUACAUACUCACCUGGGAGACCUUAAGCAGGCAAAAGAUUACCACGAUCGUGCACUGGCUAUUAUGCUGAAAGAGCUCGGACCUGACCAUGUUAAUGUUGCAGCGUCUUACCAGGCUUUGGGUCUUGUACACCGUGAGCUGGGAGACCUUGAUCAGGCAAAAUAUUAUCACGCUCGUGCACUGGAUACUAUGCGCAAAGGGCGCGAACUUGACCAUGUUAAUGUUGCAGCGUGUUACAGUGAUCUGGGUCUCGUAUAGCGUGAGCUGGGAGACGUUAAACAGGCGAAAUCUUAUAACGAUCGUGUACUGGCUAUUAAGCUGAAAAAUCUCGGACCUGACCAUUUUCAUGUUGCAGCGUCUUACAAUGAUCACGAAAGUGAAAAAUAGAAUCAAAACCUAUCACUUACUGUCAGAACGUUACAUAACUUGUAAAUAUCAACUGUUACUGUUUGAAAAUUAGAUGAAUUUUUUAUGUCAAAUGUAAGUUUUAUUCUAGACGGAUGGUUUCUCUCGAGUCAUUUAAGUUCAGUUACUAGUUUUUGUGUCUUAUAAGACUUGAUAUCGAAGUUAUGCUUUUAACUUUUACCAUUAUCCAUAGUCUAAAUUAUUUAUAACAGGAACAAUCCUAGCUAAUUUAGGGUGCUGUAGGUUGUGUAAUUUUUGAUUAAAGACGAUGAACUCUGCCCAACCUUCAAUUAAGUCAGGUGAUUAUUAAAGGAGUUUAAAGAUGG